AGAGCCUCCCACUUCCAGAUAGAACAGCUGUUUCCAAGGGUGCAGGGUCUCCUCAGCUGUCUGUUUUCACAAGGGCUGCUGCCCCAUCAUCUCCAAGAAUAAACUGUGUGGACAACAGACUGUGUGGAUAUGAAUCAUCAGGGAGCCUGUUGGAGGAGGAGGAGUGACUUCCUAGGACUGCCAAGCAGACUAUAUAAGCUCCAGGGGGCUGAGCUCCACUCGGAUCUCUUCAGAUCUCUUCCCUCUGCUGCUGCCUUCCAGAGAGGUGCCUGUGGAGAGCCAGUUCUUGCUCAGCACUCAACAUGUCCCAGGCUGGCAUUCCAGAAGCCCCCAUUAAGAAGAAACGUCCUCCUGUAAAAGAGGAGGAUCUGAAAGGGGCCCGAGGAAACCUGGCCAAGAACCAGCAGAUCAAGUCCAAGACCUACCAGGUCAUGCAGGAAUGUGAGCAAGCUGGCUCAGCUGCCCCAUCAGUAUUCAGCCGCAACCGCACAGGCACUGAGACGGUUUUUGAGAAGCCCAAAGCCGGACCUGCGAAGAGCGUCUUUGGCUGAGAAGUGCAUGUCACGCCCUGUACCACCCUGAACACCUUGACACAGGAGCCUUUCCCACGGACUCUUUUUUUAAUGCCAGAUCACCCCCUCAUCCCUGCUAUCUCUGAGACUGCCACAUUUCCCUAAAGCCCUAGCCCUCUGUACCAGUGCCUAAGAAACACCAAUAAAGAGGAUGCCUGUGGCCCCAGCA